AUGCAGCAGCUGUGCAGAGGGAGAGGCAGCAGCUGUGCAGAGGGAGAUGCAGCAGCUGUGCAGAGGGAGAGGCAGCAGCUGUGCAGAGGGAGAUGCAGCAGCUGUGCAGAGGGAGAUGCAGCAGCUGUGCAGAGGGAGAUGCAGCAGCUGUGCAGAGGGAGAGGCAGCAGCUGUGCAGAGGGAGAUGCAGCAGCUGUGCAGAGGGAGAUGCAGCAGCUGUGCAGAGGGAGAUGCAGCAGCUGUGCAGAGGGAGAUGCAGCAGCUGUGCAGAGGGAGAUGCAGCAGCUGUGCAGAGGGAGAGGCAGCAGCUGUGCAGAGGGAGAUGCAGCAGCUGUGCAGAGGGAGAGGCAGCAGCUGUGCAGAGGGAGAUGCAGCAGCUGUGCAGAGGGAGAGGCAGCAGCUACCCUCCUCCUCCUCUGCACCUCCUCCUCCUCUGCACCUCCACCUCCUCUGCACCUCCUCCUCUGCACCUCCACCUCCUCUGCACCUCCUCCUCUGCACCUCCUCUGCACCUCCUCCUCCUCCUCUGCACCACUGCUGCCACAGGCUCUGCUGAUGCUGAUGCUACAGAGGACAGCCUCGUUGUUGGCAGACAUCUCUGAAUUCCACCUCAUUAGGACGACGGAUCUGCUCUGGGACCAACACAGCCUUUGCUGCUGUUCAAAACUCCUGCACACUGUUGUUAGGCUGACUCCUUAA